AUGGAGGUGACGACUGGAGUGGCCGGCCUCGUCAUCUUUGCCAUCGAUGCGGCCUUUAAGCUCACGAAUCUGGUCAAUGAAAUCCGAGACGCGCCCGACGAUAUUCGCGAUCUGGGGUCGAACCUCAUAUCCCUGGCCACGAUUUUGAACAGCACAAAGACAUUGUGCUCGCUGGACGAGUUCAAAGACGUCGAUGAGCUGCUGUCGGAGACUCUGAUGAGCUGCGUGAAACAGUGUGAGGAUGCCAGCAGCGGCCUGUAUGCCGAGCUGAGCGCCUUCAAGCCUCGCACGCCGACGACACCUGGCGUGGUGGAGAGGCGGAGCUUGCGACAAAUGAUGCACUGGUCCUGGCGGCAAAAGUCGAGGCAGGCUCUCAAGACGAGACUGUUUGAUUCUAGGGACAACCUGAACAUGGCCGUCACCGUCCUCAAUGGUACGGUGGCCGGCAAAGGGUAUCACGCGAUUCGUAUGGAUAUUGCCGAGCUCAACAUGAAGCUGAACCGGGGUGCGAGCCCUGCGAGCCGUGCUACCCGGCAGCGAUUUCGCGACAAGCUAGAAGAUGAUCUGAGAAGCGUGACGAGUGAUGGUCAGAUCGUAAGCGUAGCGGGCAGGACAGAUGUGAGUUUCGGGAUCCGCAACUACUUUGAUCGCCUAGAGAUUGCCACGAUCCCAGCUGCUCCUCCGCCUAUUGACGCGUUUCCAGAGCAGGCCAACAGUGCGGUAGACACGGAAGAAGCUGUCGGUAACGGGUCUGCGCGCGCGCCAAAAACGCUCUUGGAAGCUGUGACGUCUGGAGACCGAGCCGCCGUGGAGUAUGUCCUGUCCCAGGACGCUGGCCUGAACCGGCGAUCGCCAGAGGGCCAGACUGUGUUGCACAUUUGCGUCUCGUACGACGACAGGGAAACGGCAGACAUUCUCAUCAAGCAUGAGCCGAGCAUCAUCAACAGGAAGAACUCUCGCAGCGAGACCCCUUUCCAGUUCGCCUUGCGAGAGCAGUCCUGGAACGUAGCUGGUCUUCUCAUCGAGCGGGGCUGCUCCAUGGGCCAGUUCGCCACGGAAUUCUUCACCUGGCUGCCGCAACAUGUGACGGACCUGGAUUCCAUGUCCAUCCUGUUCAACAAGGACGAUACACCAGCCAUGAUGCAGCUCCUCCUCGACAACGGGGAGGAUCCAGACUCCAAGGAGGGAGGGACAGCCAACCUCCUCACGCACCUCUAUCUCGAGUCCCAGUGGGUCUACGCCCAGGCUAUUAUCCGCGCGGGCGGCGACGUCAACGGGCGUGGUCCAGACGGCUCAACGACGAUGCACUGGGCGGCGUACGCGAACAACACGCCCCUCAUCAAGAUGCUGCGAGAAUACGGCGCCGACGUCAACCCCGGGCAUCCGGGCAAGGACGACUCGACACCCCUCAUGCUCGCUGUGCGACACAGAGCGAGGGCGGCGGUCAUGGCACUGCUCGACGCAGGGGCGAAUGCCAGAAUGACAGACGUUUGGGGGGUCACGGCACUCGGAAACGCGGAAUAUCUAAAGUCGGAUCCAGAGUGGGCAACGGCUCUGUCGGCACUGAGAGAGGCAACCAUGCCGUCCGCCAAGAAGAAGCCGCUCUUCGUUUCGGUCAGCGAGGAACGGGAGACAUCGAAACAAAAGGGAUGA